GCAGCUCUCAGUCUGUCACUGUCAUUAGUCUACUGACAUGUGUAAUGGGUAUUCCUAAAUCCAGUCAUCAUUUGUUAUAUUGUUGAAGUUCGAUUUUUCGUAUCUCAUACGAUUAGGAGAAUUAUUUGAAUUACGAACACCUGAAUAGCGUAAUCAAUAUGACUGGGGCAAGUGCAGUAUCUACUAUUACUAAGCCACAGAUGCGAGGCCUCCUGACAAGUGCUAUUAAGCGUCAUUUGAUUAUAUCAUUUACCCUUGCUGGUAUUUCUGGAGUCCUAUGGAAGACAUUGGUUGGUGAUGCAAGAAAGAAGAGAUAUGCCGAGUUCUACAGGAACUAUGAUGCUGAAAAGGAAUUUGAAGAAAUGCGCAAGAAGGGUAUCUUCCAAUCAUGUUAAGCAUAACUGGUAGAAAUGUAGUUCUUAUUAUUAUGUUGUAAAUUAUUUCAAAAUAAAUAUCAUACAUUCAU